AUGGCCGUGAAAAAGCGCCAAAAGACUCUGUCGCAUGGCCGACCACCCGUCAGCAAGCCGAAAGAGCGUAUGACCUCGGAGCGCUCCAGGACUAUCAUUCGCACCCAUCACCGACUACAGAAGGAGCAUGCAGCAGCCUUGAAGAAAGGGGAUGUGAGCUCAGCAGAAGAGAUUGCGCGAGCUAUCGAGAAGAAUGGAGGCAUCAAGAUGUACCAGGCUGCAAGCAAGCAAGGUCAGGCGAAAGACAGGGGUGGUGAUUCUAGCAAGCUGUUAGUCGACUGGCUCCAGCAAUCCAAGGUUUUGGACCCCAAAGCACGGGAUCGUCGUAGGGCUGGCGACGCCGAACUCAGAUGUCUCGAAGUUGGAGCUUUGUCAACCAAGAACGAGAUCUCCAAGUACGCAAGCGUCAUCGACAUGACGAGGAUCGAUCUGAACAGUCAAGGGCCGGGCAUCGAAAAGCAGGAUUUCAUGGAGCGGCCACUUCCUACAUGCGACGAUGAGCGCUUCGAUAUUAUCUCCCUAUCUCUCGUACUCAACUAUGUUCCGGAUGCAGUUGGUCGAGGCGAGAUGCUCAAACGCAUCACCAAGUUCUUGAGAAAGGGCGUUGCAUGGACUGAGACGGCCGAUUCGGUGUUGCCAGCUCUAUUCUUUGUUCUACCUCUACCGUGCGUCGACAACUCACGCUAUCUCGACGAAGAUCUGUUUCUGGGAAUCAUGGGCGAUCUAGGUUUCACGAUGAGAUUCAGCAAAAACACUUCAAAGCUGUGCUACUACUUGUUUACCUUGACGAAUGAGCCUAAGGCUACGACGGCUGAGAAAAGGAAGAUCAGAGACGGACCGGGAAUGAACAACUUCUGCAUCGUUGUGGAAUGA